CUUUUUGUUUGCUGCUGUGUUUAUUUAUGUUAUCGUAUUUUAUAUCAGAAGUUACGUUAGAUAAAUUUUCCAUUAGUUAAUUUGUUUAAAACUUACGACAAACAAACUUUCAGUAAGUUGAAACUAAACUCUACUAAUAUAGUUCUCUUCUUAAUAAUUUUGAGAAAACUUUUGAAAGACGUGAAUUUCAUCUAAUAGAAUUCAUAAUUCAAAUAAAAUGUUAGCAAUUAAAUUUUUUAAAUUAAUUUUUCUACGGACGAUCCAUCACAGAGUGCAAUCUUAGUGAUAUGAAAAAUAUAAUUCGCUCACGUCUUCGUUAGAGCACCUAGCCGCCGUUCCCUCGUUCCCUCGAGACAUAAUUCAUCCACUCGAGAGCCGGGAACAGGUAUACACCGACUUAAAAGAAAGUUUCGUUUGUCGAGGGGUGCACCGAUCUCUUUUAACGUCUUAAAUCGUAAAUGAUUAUGUUGUUUUAAUUCAUUUGCUUUUUCUCUUUUACUUUCUACUUUAUAUUUGAGGCCGCCUGUCUGGAGUGAGGGACAUUUGAUAUAUCUCUUAAGUUCUGACUACUAACGCGUAAACUGAAAUAAUUUGUGGUUGUCAUAAGUAUAGAUAUCUUCUCUUGGCGUUAAUCUGCACAAAGAGUUACGAUAAAAAUGCGAGGGAUUAUUUAACAGGUCCGUUGACGGUACUAAGGAGCGUUCAGGAAAAUUAUUUUGUUGUCAUUUAUAAGCGGAGUAUCGGAAUGGUUCCUACAGCAUGUCGUGAGUAGAUGCUUAGUGAGCGUAGCCGUGUCGUCUAAUCACUUGUUUGCUGAAGACAGACGUACAAAUUAGCAAACUCAUUAACGAGCCUUUAUAAUCGCUCCGUAAACAAUAUUGGGAAUUAGGACCGCUCUCCGCCGCUCUUCAUCUUUAUGCUUAAAACUGUUCAAUAAACCAAUAUUAAUUUGAUUUACUUAUAUAAUUUAGUAAGUACUUGUUCCUUUUUUAUUGUGAUAUUAUAUUAACACUCAAGUCAAUAUAAAAGGAAAAUAAAAUAAUCUGAAAUACUGCGAAGGCUUGUAUAUUAAAUAUCAAUCUUCAUAACAACAUUUAUAUUAUUAUUUUUAUUAAAAAUUAAGUAAAUGUUUUUUUUAUUUGUUGGAAAUAUAUUGUCGGUAAAUUUAACUAAAUGCAGCUAGAUUUGUUUCGGUUUUUACUAUCCACUACAUCUCAUGAAAAAAGUUUUUGAAGAGGACGUUACAUGCUUUACGAUAGGAUUUAUAAUCUUUGAUUUCACUGUAAUAGUUAUUACCCAAAAAAAAUAAGCAAAGUAGGUUCUGCUAUGAGCGCAUUAAACUUUAGCCAAGUUUGUGCACGAUAGAUUCUUCUUAAAUGCAUAGGUUAUUAUUCCUUAUAAAUACAUAAUACCCGCUUAUGUUUUAUACAACAAAUUACCUUCUAUUAUGAAUCAUCUUAUAAAAAUACUUUUAACCACAUACCUAUGUAGAUACUGAGCGAAUGCGAACAAGGAAAAUCGAGCUAAGGGCACAAGGAAUUUUAUAUUAGUGACUAAUACAAGAAUUUCUGGACAUAUUUAGGGACAUUUAAAAAAGUAACUGACCGAGGUGCGAGUAGGUGUCCAGGUGCGACCAAUCACAGUCCAGACGUCGUCGACCAUCAACCGACUCACUAUCGGCUCCAGCGAUGUGUGCGUGCGAUAAUUGUUCAUGUAGUUCAAUAGGAAGCGCGCAGUGAGUGUGUGAGUUUUAUCAGCGGCUGACGGACGCUGCCUGUGCGCAGAUUGCUGGCUCGUGUAGGUGUUCCCGUCCGUUCCACCUCAUUGAUAGCUGAUAGUAAUAUUGUUGCCCUCAGAGCACUCAUUGUGUUGUCAAUACAGAGUUCAAGAAACGCUUACUAUAGUUCACGUCAAUUCAGUUAAAAAGCAUCGCUUAUCAAUUAAAUAUAAAAGUGGGUCCCCUGGCGGGUAGUGGGCCUGAGAUUAAGCCUGAGGAGGAGGAAGAGCGGGGCGGGUCCCCGCUGGGCCCCGGAGGGCCGUUUAGCUGCAGCCAGUGCCGCGGUGCGUACCCCACGAGGGACCAGCUUGAGAAGCACGAGACGCUGCACUCGCCGAGCACUCAGGUGGAUACCCUCAGAUAUACCUGCAAGAUCUGCCACAAGAGUUUCGCUAACGUGUAUCGGCUCCAACGACACAUGCUGAGUCACGACGAAAGCGCCAAUCUACGCAAGUUCAAGUGCAAUGACUGUGACAAGGCCUUUAAGUUCAAGCAUCAUCUCAAAGAACACUUGAGGAUACAUAGCGGAGAGAAACCUUUCGAAUGUGCCAAUUGUGGAAAAAAGUUUUCUCAUUCCGGCUCUUACUCUUCACACAUGACAUCUAAGAAAUGUCUAGUCAUGAAUUUGAAAAUGGGUAGAAUUAAACCGAAUAACCCCGCACUGAAUCCUGACCGAAGCCCGUCGAGAAAACGUGCGAAUGCAAUGGUCGCGUCUCAAUUAAAACAUAACAUGGCGCCAAACGCAUUCUUACCAAUAUUGCCAAAGUACAACGAAGCAUUUUUUGCAUCGAUGUCUUCACAGGAUCCAAACUAUCACAGACCGCCUCUAGCUCAACCAGGAUUAAAUCCCUUCUACAUGCCACCCGGAAUACCAAUGAGCCCCGAGUCAGGAAUCACUCCCUACAGUUUUCCUGCGUCAUUAAGCCAAUUGUUCCAACAACUAGCUACACAGCAGUAUCAACAACGGAAAAUAGAGAGUCCUGAUCCAAAACAGAUGAGUCAAUCUUCACAUAACGUAGAAGAUCUCAUUGAAGAAAUUCCCGAAGAAGACGAUAAACAUUCAGAAGGCAGCGCAGAACUUGUUAUGGAUAUUGAAGAAGAUGAAGCUGUUGCGGUAAAAAAGGAACACGAAAACGAAGAUCAUGAUCUAAGAAUACCAUUUCGCAAUUAUGACUCCGUCCCUUCAAAUAACAACGGCCCUUCAAUUGACAAUAAUAAUGGAUAUAAUUUAAUAUUAGAUUCGGUUAAUAAAAAUUAUUUUAGAGCUAAUAUGGAAACAUUAUCACCUAUUUCUGGCAAUGUUUGUCCGAGCAUAGACUCACCGCCGACACGACACAUUGUCGUCAAAGAUGAACCUAACGACAGUCAGAAUUGUAGUAAAUGUAACUUGACAUUUGAAAACAAUAAUGAUUUAAUAGAGCAUGAGAAGUUACUGUGUGGAAACGUUUUUCGAAAGCAUGAGGGAUUGGCUGCGCAAGUUGCCGAAACCGUAGCAUUAAACAGGUUAGAAGCAGAAAUUAGAACAUCAAUGCAGAGUGGUAUUAGUGCUAGCGAAGACGAAGAGUUUGGAAAGGACGACCGCGAUGAUAAGUCUGUUCAUGACAAUGACAGAAAAAUAAGAGUAAGGACGGCAUUAAAUGAGGAACAACAGAUAAUUCUAAGAGCACACUAUGCCUUUAAUAAGCGACCAAACAGAGAUCAGUGUAAGAAAAUUGCUAACAAAAUAGGUCUGGACAAUAGAGUUGUGCAAGUAUGGUUUCAAAAUUUUCGAGCGAGAGAAAGGCGAAUGAGUUUAACAGCAACUCCUUCAGAUCAACCCCUUGAUUUGUCAACCAGGAAAUCAAAUAUUUCCGUCACUUCUAGUCCGUCACCGUCCCCUCCAUGUAGUAUUUCGGUAACACAUUCAGACUCCGAAGAAGCGGUUAAUUUGAGCCAAAAAUCUUCCAGGAGUACAACACCAUACCGAACCGCUUACGUUAACCCUUACCCACAUUCCAAUUGCUCAUCCUCCUCUCACACCGACUUCAGAUUGUCACCGUCUCCGGGAGAAACGAUUACUGCCCAAAAACGAUCUUUGCAAAAAGUGGCAGUAAAUCCUUUAAUACCAAUGGAUAAACUUCUCCAGUACAACGAUAUUGCUAAUGGCCGACCGUCCAUGUUGAACAUGCAUAUAAUGACAGACCAUCGACAGAGUGCAAGCCCCUCGUACGAACGUUCCACUUGGACUGAAGAGGUCCAAGCCCAUCAUGACUUUGAUGAUGAAUCCAAUUUACUUAAGAAAAGCAAGUUAAAGGGAAAUGAUAUUAAAGAAGGAGAGGGACAGUUUGUCUGUGAUCAGUGUGACAAGACCUUCGUCAAGCAAAGUUCAUUAGCUCGACACAAAUAUGAACACUCAGGUCAGCGGCCAUAUAAAUGCGCCGAGUGCCCGAAAGCAUUCAAGCACAAGCACCAUCUGACGGAGCACAAGAGGCUGCACACCGGGGAGAAGCCGUUUCAGUGCUGCAAGUGCCUCAAGAAGUUCUCCCACUCCGGCUCCUACAGUCAGCACAUGAACCAUCGGUUCGCCAUUUGCAAGCCUUAUCGAGACUAAUCAAAACAUAUUUUUAGAGUUUCGAGUUAGCCUUGAUAAGUUGCCGGCGGCUUUAUAUUACAUUCCGUGUAUGAAUCCACCAAAGACGGUCACACUUAACGGUGUGAUAACAUGAGCUUGUGCCAAAGGACUAACCAAAGAUAAUGUAAAGAAGUGCCAUAGAUUUAGGAUCAAAGUUUACUUACCAGAAUAGUAUCUUCCUAUUUUAUUUUACUUUGCAGAUAUAUUAAUUAGGUGAUAUUGUAAAUAACUAUUAAUUGCUCAAUGCCAUAUAGUUUCAUUUAAAUGUAAUGAACGUGCCAAAAUCGUGCCAGAAUACUGAAUCGGGUAUCUCAAACUAUCUUAAAUAAGGAUUCCAAAGUGUUACCUAAGUACAUAAUACACCAACUUGGUAAUUAUAAAUGUUUAGUAUUCGACGUGAAAGAUUUUUGUUGUGUGAAAAGUGCCCGAUAUCCAUUUGGCAUAGUCAAUGUAAAAUAAUAUGUAUAUUAUAAUUAAUAUUGCUUAAGUAAAUAUGAACGUCUCGGGAAUUUUAAAUUAGCUAAAACUAAAGCAUUCCAGCAUAGCAACUUGGAUGGGAUCUCUACCGUGUUUAAAUGUUACUUCCUUUUAUUCAAGAAUAUGCUAGGACUAUGAAAAAAGAGAUUUUAACAAAUGUUUGUAGCUUUCAUGUAAAUAGUUUUCUGCUUAACCUAUACCUUCACUUAGCUAGAAGUGUGACGUAAAAAAGCGCACGAAUACAAUGAAUAUUAUGACAAUAAAUAAUGAACAACCAUUUAUUGGAUGCAAUAAGUAAUAAAUGCUUAAUAUUUAAGGUCUGCUUAAACUACUAUGGGUAGGAAAUCUAUGUAUAAAUCGUUGAUAGCUUAAUUUUAUGUAUGUAUAAGAAUUAGAUAGAUAGUAUUUAAUGUCUCUUGAAGCAAUUUUUUUCGAAUACUAGUUUUCUCAACAGAAUCGUCACACUUUCCAUAAACCACUAAUUACAGAAGGCACUUUCGAAAUUUCUAACCUUGAUUUGAUUUUUAAAAUGUGUGUUACCCAAAUAUUACAAGAACACAAAGUUCCUAAGCUUAUUUCAGGAUAAGGACUAGAUUAUUAGGAGUAAUUACUUAAGUAAGCCAACUUAGCAUUGUGAAAGGUUUCCAAGCAACGAAUAAUUGUAAUUUUUACAACUUGUACUUUAUCAUUAAAAUGAAGAUUUUCAGCCAUCUGUAACUUUCAAUAGAGAUACUGAAUUCAAUACUAAGUUUUUGUAUGUCGCGACAAGCGUAUCGCUGAUGUCGCAAGCAUGGCAGUGCGCGGUACAAAAGCUAAAGAUUGAUGUAGUCUGAGAACUAUUAAGACUUACAGGGUACCCGUUCAGUAAUAAACAACUCGAUUCGCCACCGCAGCGACCGCAAGGAAAAAACACCUAAUACGCGUGACUGAAUAUUGCAUUUUAAAUUACGUAGAUAUUAAACGUUGUUCUUAUUUAAUAUAAUAACUAUUAUUUCAUUAUUUAUCGUGAUAAUUAUCGUGACGCCUCACGGCAAACGUUUAAGAGUAGGUGGUAGAUAUACUUAUUUGAGGUUAUGUGUUUAAUGCUAAGUCGAAACCGACAUGGUGGGCUAGAGAAACCAAAGAUUAAUUAACUCUUAUAAGGCGCGGGCACCUGUACAUAAAACCGUCGUCGUUAGAUGUAGAUUAGCAAACAACUAAUACAUAUAAUAACUAGACGUUAAUUAAGAGAAUACGUUUAUUUUUAUUGUGGAACAUUCGUGCAUUGUGUAUAAGAAAAGUUAAUAUGUACCUAUAUUCUGUUAAAAUAUAAUAUUGCAGAGGAGUACUUAGGAGUAUUUCUUUUAUAUAGAAUAAGAAUAAUGUUAUAACGGGAACUCCUGCAUCGCAUAUGCCUAUUGUGUUUGUUGAGAAGGGCAUCGCGGAGCGCCUGUUACACCGAGCUAUGUCGAAAUUGUUAAACUUACCCAUAGAUUAACAAGUGUUAAAAUAUUGCUGAUAUAAAUUAUAGUGUAAAAUUCAUUUUACUUGAUAUUAUUACAAUGUAUAUUGAAUUUAUGAAUAUUAAAAAUAUAAUGAUAUAUUAAUAUAUAUUGACGAUUCAUCACAAAA